CCCAGACCUGCUAUAAGACCGCGAGUGAAACAUUAAAGGAGACGCGUGCGUGUGUGUGGUGUUACGUGUGCAUGCCUGUGUGUUGGGGUUAAGCGUCGGAGUGAAUUGUAAAUUUUUUCUUUUCAAACCGCAAUUUGAGGAAGCCUUAUCAUGUCUACGAAAGUAAGAACAAAGCAAGAAAAAACCGGCGAGGUGGUCGCUUACAGUGAGGGAGCGGUUAGAAAUAAUUCAGCUGUCGUCGAAUACUGCAGGAUAUCCAUGGCUGCGUUAUCUGGAAGUACGGCUGGACUCUUGGGUCUGACUGGACUCUAUGGUUUUGGAUUUUAUAUAUUCGCUGUAGUCGGGUUAUGGGCGCUGCUUAUGAUGAAAACUGGUGGGCAAUGGAAAAAGUAUUUCAUAAGUAGACAAAGUUUGCUAACAAAUGGAUUUUUUGGUGGGCUAUUUCUGGUUCAACUGUUGCUGUUACAGACGUACGUGUUGUUCUGGACAUUCCUUUUCGGCAUGGUGCAUGUCUACUGAGGGGAGGGAAUACUCAGUAUUUGAAACUUGCUGAAAUUCACAACUGUGCAACAAAUUGCAAUUAUUAUUUAUAAUAAGUGUAAUUUUUUAUUGUAAAUGUUUUCACAUUUAAAUGUAUUUACACCGUUACUCUUCACCUACUUAGGACUGGUGUCGCUUACACCUGAGUAUCAAGUAUACGACGAACUUAAUGUUAACACAAUUAGAAAUUCUUGAUGCUCAUGUGAAUUUUGUACAGGGUGCAUGCAAUAAACCAAAGUACUAUGCGAAA